GCCGAGAUUUGCAUGGAAGGCUGCAGGGAAGGUUCCGCAAUUGGUUUCGGGUUUUAUCGUCCGGCGAAUUACAUGAAUCCAGAUCUGGUAAAUCGGCCUUGGCGCCGUAUCCGCCUCAUUUGCAACGGUGACGAUACCUGGGCGGGAGAGUCGGAGACACGAAAUACGCGACAUCAAACACGAGACAGGAGGUAUGCCGCUGGCAAAAGAUGUUGUCAAGUUUGGCACCUUUGUGGUGACGAAUCAGGUCUUCCACCUGACGCGUCUCUCUUUCGCCGUCGUCAAUCUCAAGCCACUCCUGCCGGGUCAUGUACUGGUAUCACCGCGUCGGGUCGUGCCGCGCUUCAACGAUCUCUCAGCCGCUGAAGUCCAAGAUCUGUUCCUGACUGUGCAACGAGUAUCUCGCAUGGUCGAGCGCGUAUUCAACGCUUCAUCUCUGAACAUAGCCAUACAAGAUGGCGCAGACGCAGGCCAGAGCGUACCACACGUACAUGCUCACAUCAUUCCCCGGAAGAAGGAUGACCUUGAGGAGAAGGGAGGAACUGAUGCAAUUUACGAGAUGAUGGAGGGCGAGGAGGGUGAUUUGAACAGGCAACUGAGGGCGAAAGAGAAGGCUGCAGAAGCUGAUGUUGCGGAGGACCAGACGAGAGGACACUUCCCCGCAGUCGACAAUGACAGUCGAAAACCGAGGAGUGAUGAGGAAAUGCUAAAGGAAGCAGAAUGGUUGGCAGAAGAGAUUGCCAAAGACGAGCAAGCGCAAGGAAGUCGUACAGAGGAUAGUCAGUGAGCAUUGUUCGUCGACUGCGGAAAAUAUUCUAUUUUGAUUGCAUUACAACUACAGCCACUUGACCUUGCUACGGGAGCAUACAAGGAAUAACUUGCCUGACACUAGUUGUUGUCGCCGAUGCGGCCUCAGACAUUUGGUUCAUGCUUAUACUCGAACCAGUGAACAGAGUGGAUUCCCAUGACCGUCAGAAUCUUCUCUUUCUAAUCACGGCCUUUCCCAUUGGUUCCACCAUAUUUUGGAACACUAUUUCGUUUUGUCUUCGGUUCCCAACUAUGUCUUCUCCAAGC